AUGAAUUUUGUUUCGAAACAAUUCUGCCUUUUUAUCUUUUGGGUGAUAGUACACACAGCAAGCACGACCAACUGCCGCAUAUCAAAUUACAGCCGGGUUAAGGUUGAUAGCGGCAGGUUGUCCUUCCCCGUUUAUGACAUUUUCAGCAUUAAGGAGAAUCCGCAAAGGGGGCCCUUUACCGUAAGGAGGACAAAAUGGAAAGGGAGCAAACAACAUUUGCACAAACUCUGUAGCAUACAAGUAAAAAGGGAGGAUAACAAAUCGAAAAAUGGUGGCUCUUCCCAGAAGUGCCUACUUGAAAAUGUAGCCAGCGGUUUUAAAAAUGCCAAGGGGGGAAGUCUCGAAGGUGGCUUAAGGGAUGUGCUACGCGGGGACGCCCCAAAGAAGUCGCCACAGUUAAGCGCACACGUAAAGGGUCCAGAUAGGAAGAAGCCAAAUCUGUGUGACACUGAUAGCCAUAUGAAUUAUGCCACCAGACGGGCAAAGAGACAAGCGACCAAGCAUCAAGUACUCAACAGUGAUUCAAACCAUCCAAAUGAUGAAACUGCAGCACCGAAUAGUGUGGACCUCCUGCAGAGGGAAAAAAAAUAUAGCAGACAAAUAUACACGCACGGAUAUGAAGAAGAAAAAAAAAUUCGAAAGAGUAAAAUAUUAGUCAUCGGCCUCAACGGGGUAAGUAGCGAAAUAUGCAAAAAUUUAAUUCUUUGCGGAGUGAAGGAAAUAGGAAUAUAUGACAAUGACAUUUUGACCGUGGACGAUGUAGAUAGCCUCCUUUUUUGCGAGAAGAAAUUUAUAAACAAGGAAAAAAAAAGCGUAGCUUGUGUGCAGAACAUGCGUAAGCUGAGUGACAACUGCAAAAUUGAAGUGGUCACAAGUGUCGAAAAUGCGGUGCAUCACUACGACGUAGUUGUGUCCGCAAAUCAAAGUGAGCAGUUUAACGUAAGACUGAGUAAUAUGUGCAGGAGGGGGGGCAAUGUGAAAGAGGAAGAAAAAAAAAAGUUCAUUUGUGUAAACACAGUGGGCCUGUUUGGGCGCAUUUUUGUCGACUUUGGACAGUUUGCCUACUCCAAUUCGAAUAGCAAUGGUGAGUCGUACGGCAUAAGCAAAGUGGAACUCGCGGGCGAUGGUCACUUCGUCCUGCAUUGUUUGCCCAACUACGGGGACCUCCAGCUGAGCGAAAAGGACGUCAUAAUGCUGCAUGUGCAAAAUGGAAGUCAGCAGGCGGUGAACAUCCCCUGCAAAAUUACAGACGUGUGCAAGAGAAGCAACAAAAUCCGCGUCACCAUUUUGGAAAAAAAAAAUGCAUUCGACACGUUUGCGGGGAAUGUGCUCCCCCCCCGAGUUGUACAGUAUGUAGAAAAAAAAUGCCACAAUCUAGUUAUGCACCUGUUUGAAAAGUUGAGGAAGAUGCUCCCACGAAAAAGCGACAAUCCGUGUGUGCAAGAAAUCCUUUUGAAAAAUCCCCCCCGCAAUAUGAGCAUCCAAAAAGUGCCUGAACAGGUCAGGUUAAAUUAUCAAAGUUUGGAGGAAUACCUAAUCGGUGUGCGGGGAAAACUGGACAGGGGAAAAAGCUAUGCUCUUUUGUUCCCCCUCCUGGCGUUGUUUAACCGCUCAAACGAAGCAGACCAAGUGAGCGACGAAGAGCUGUGCUUUCUAUGCUACGAAGAAAUGAUAAAACGUAAGAAGGGGGAGAAAAUAUUCACCCCAGAGGACAUUCAAGCGUUUGAAAAGUUGUGUAAAAAAAAAAAAAAAAAUAUGAACGUUCAGGUGGCAAAUCAAUUUUGUUCAGCUGCACACAUCGAAUUGUCGCCAUUUUCUGCAUUUUUCGGAUCUUUGGUGACGCAAGAAAUUUUAAAAGGCGUGACGCACAAGUUCAAACCCAUUCACCAGACCUUGUUUUUCGACAAGAGGGAUUUAUUUCCCUUUGCGAAAAUUACUCACAAGUAUCACGGAAGGCACAUGCACCAGCUGAAUUUUUUUGGGCCCCAAUUUCAGAAAUUUCUGAACGAUUUGAAUAUUUUGCUGAUCGGGUCAGGUGCCUUGGGGUGUGAGUUUUUGAAGCUGCUGGCGCUGAUGGGAGUUUCCUCGCGUAGGGGAAUAUCCCCAGGGGGGCGCAUCCAAGUGGUGGACUACGACCUGAUUGAGGAAUCCAACCUGUCUAGGCAGUUCCUGUUCAGCGCGAAAGACGUGGGGAAGUUGAAAUGUCAAGUGGCUGCACAGAAUGUUAAGAAGUUGAGCCCGAAUGUGAACUGCGGUUUUGUGAAAAUGAAGGUGGAUGAUGCAAUCUUGGGGAAUAGAGGCUUGCUUCUAAAUUGGUUGUCCUCCCAUUCGAAGGGUGAUGAAGAAAAGGGAACACACAGAGGUAGGAGUACCCCCUUGGAGGGAACCAACUGGAAGGAGCAAAUAAAGCGAAGACCGCUUAACCGAAGGAGCUCCUCCCCCAUCGUGUGCAUCCUCUGUUUGGACAAUUUCCAAAGCAGAGCAGUUUGCGACGCAUUUUGCGUUAUGAACUCCAUCCCAGUGGUCGAAGCGGGCAUAGAGGGUCUGAAGGGAAGUAGCCAAAUAGUUAUCCCCUUCUCAAGCGAGACGUACACGAGCAACUCGAUGGAUGGCCAGGCAGACCAAGAGGCAAAUAACUCGUGCACCAUUACAUCCUUCCCCAAACACCCCAAGCAUGUCAUCCAGUUUGCAAAAAGCAUUUACAGCCACUACUUUACCGACAAUGUGAUCAAAAUGAAUAACUUUUUAAAUGACCCCGUUUCUUUUAUCGGCCGCCUAUGCACCUACGAUAAUGUGAGCAACUUGCUCCUCUUCUUUAAAUUAACAAAAAUGUACUUCAAUGCAGAUGUACACAAAACUGUUCAGCUCCUUUGGGAGAAUAUUUUUGUGAGAAAUGUUAUUCACUUGCUCAAAAGUGACGAAGCAGAAUUGCACAAGUAUUUUGAAGAAGUUCAGAAGCUGCCGAAGCCGGUUUCGUUCCAGCCGGGAAAUAAAAAUCACGUGCUUUUCUACCACUGUGCGGAGAAAAAUUUUAAAAAAGUUUUAAAAAAUUUACUAUACCUUUUGGACUGCGAGAAAACGCAGCAAGGGGGGGUCUUCUAUUUCAAGGAGGAGCAAAGUGGGGCCUCCAAAUGGCCUCCCUUUGAGGACGCCAUAGGAGAAAUCGUAUCGAAGAAUAACCUGCACGUGGAUGUGAAGCGGCUGCUGUACUUCCUCUCCGUCAUCCGCAAGAACACCACCCGGGAGUUCUACGCCUCCGUGGAGAGGGAGCUCUUCGGGCUGUUCAACAACCCCGUGUUUGUUUCGGCCCUGCGGUGGGUGCAGCGCCGGCGGGGCGCGCCGGGGAAAGGAGCGACAGUUGGGGGGAGCUCGGCAGCUAGGGGGGAGGCCACCCCGUUUGGCAGCACAUUUGGCAGCACAGGAGGAAACACAUUGGACAGCACAUUGGACGGCACACUGGCCAAGCCCUCCGCCCAAUCGGGGGGCCGCAAAGACGCCGCGCUUCUCACCCCCCUGAUUUGCAACCUGCAGGACGACGCGGACGACAUCAACUUCGUGUUCAGCCUGACCAACGUGCGGAACGAAAAUUACAACUUCCCGCACCUGCCCAUGCUGGAGUUUUUCAAAAUCUGCAACAACAUCGUGCCGGCCAUCGUCACAGUCGUUUCGGCCAUUUCCGCGCUCGCCGCCCUCGAGAUGUACAAGCUGGCCCAUGUGAUGCACUCGCGCGUGGGGGGCUCCAAAAUGGGGAGUCACCAAAUGGGGAGCUACCAAAUAAGGGGAGGCCACCCAGCUAGCUACCCACCACAGCGUGAUGAAACCGCCGCCACCCUAACCCAAUUUCGCGAGGAAAAGCUCAAAGAUUUGACCAUCUACACGUACGGAAGCAGAGUCUACGUUCGGAAAAACGGAAAGGCGUUGUUCUCCUUUUUUAACGUGCCCUACGAGGAGCUGGAAAUUCUAUGCAGCUUACUUAACAACCAUUAUGUCAAUCUGGAGGAUAAUUUUUUCACCCACUCGCAGCUGAGUAGUGUGUGCCCCCCCCUGAUGUAUGAGAACUCCCCGUCGGCGUUGAUGAGGAGGUUUCAGUUUUCCAUUUGGAACUAUCUCUACGUUCAUAUUUACCCUAGAGGGGGAAAGAAAAGGGGAAACGUUGGGGAGUGCGACGCGGUGAAGUGCAACGUGGGGGAGUGCAGACUGCCCGUCGGUCCGUUCGGCUACCGGGGGGGGGAGCAGCACGUGGAGGGGGCGCUGGCCGAGGCUAGCAGGGCGGUGAGCGGCGCGAAUGAGGAUGCUGCUAACAUUGUGAAGAGUGCUAAUGAUGUGAAUACUGCUACCGCCGCUAACACCGCUGACGCCGCCAACGCCGCCAACGACUUGGCAGAGUCCAUCCUGAAGGACCUCCUCACCGUGGGCGCCGCGUCCGAAGUUGGAGAGUCCCUUCACCGGGCUUCUAUACACAUCGGCGAAAUAAAAAAGAACGUGCGUCUACUGAUGGAGCAGAGCAGAAACGCAGGAGAGCUGUCCAAGGCACUAACCCAUUUAGUGGACACCUUAAAAAGAGUGAAAAAAAAAACGGAGCAAAUGAGCAGCCAAGCAAAAGCAUUUAUAAACAUGAGGAGCAAAGAAACCAGAGGAGACGUCACGUUGGACGACCUGGUGACAUCCCUGGAGACCCUCUUCAAUGUGUCCAUUCAGACGAUCGGGGUGAGGGACAAAAUCAUUUACACAAAGUUUCAGCUGCCCUCUUUUAGGCACUCGGGGGGGAGAGGCCUCUCCGUUGUUCUGCGCGAGCUGUUCAAGGUGAACGCGGCGGCGGAUGCGGGUGCAAAUGCAGAUGCAAAUGCAAACGCGAAGGUGAGUACCUACGUGCUGCACAUCUUUGCCACUGACCGUGCGGGGAGCGAAGUCAGCCUGCCCGACGUGCAGGUCAAUGUGCACCGCCACUGA